AUGCGUGCAGCGCCGAAGGACGAGUUUAGCAAGGGCAAGGAGUGGCGUCUCUACGACUAUGUCACGCGGCACUUCAUCGCCUCUCUUAUGGAUGAUGCUGAGUACGAUGAGAUUCUGGCCAGCAAGAGGAUACGCUAUGUCUUCGAUGUCUGCGGCGAGAGGUUCGUGUUCAUUUACCAUGAGGUGGCGGAACGGGGCUUCCUGUAUGCCAUGCCCUGGAAGGCCAAGGACUUGAAGCUGGAGGAGAUCGACUGGGCGAUGCCAGACAUGGCAGAGGGCGACCAGCUGCCCGUUGAUGAGAUCUCUGUGGUCCGCGACACCACGAAGCCGCCAGAUUACCUGAGGGAAAGCGAGCUGGUGGCCCUGAUGGAUAAGAAUGGCAUCGGUACGGAUGCAUCAAUCCCACAGCACAUGCAGAAUGUCGUGGACCGGCACUACGUCAUGAUUUGCGGGCCUGGUGAGGAUGGCCAGCGAGGCGAAGUCAUCUCCAAGGGAGGGAAGGGCAAGGGACGCAAAGGCAAGGGCAAGGGCAAAGGCGCCAAAGGUGAGGACGGCCGGCCGGCUUCAAGGCACAUGGUGCCCACCCCAAUGGGAUUGAGCAUGCUAGCCGCCUUCGAAGAAUUGGAUGCGCAGCUGUGCCGCCCUCCGAUCAGGGCCUUCAUGGAGAAGCAGGUGGCCCAGAUUGCUGAAGGCUUACUAGACAAGCCAGACGUCGUGGCGCAAAACUUGGACCUGUUUUAUUCAAAGUUUGUGCGGUUUCGUGAGAACAUCAGCUCUCUUGAUCGCUUCUUCAUGCGCAAAGACCAGAUCGGGCAAUCCUGGUCAGGAGGCGGCCAGAAGCGCCAAGGCGAAAGCUGGGAUGGCGAACGCAAAUGGCAGAAAGGGGAUAGUAAAGGAGGUGUUGCUGGCGGAGGUAAGAAGUAUGGCAAUUCUGGAAAGGGCAAGGGCGGCAAGAAGUAG